AUGUCUCGUCCUCAAGUUACCGUUCAAUCUUUGACUGGUGAAGCUACUUCUACUGCUUUGCCAUUACCAGCUGUUUUCUCAGCUCCAAUCCGUCCAGAUAUUGUUCACUCUGUUUUCACUUCUGUUAACAAGAACAAGAGACAAGCUUACGCUGUCUCCGAAAAGGCUGGUCACCAAACUUCCGCCGAAUCCUGGGGUACUGGUAGAGCUGUUGCCCGUAUUCCAAGAGUUGGUGGUGGUGGUACCCACAGAUCUGGUCAAGCUGCUUUCGGUAACAUGUGUCGUGGUGGUCGUAUGUUUGCUCCAACCAAGACCUGGAGAAAGUGGAACGUUAAGGUUAACCACAACGAAAAACGUUACGCUACUGCUUCCGCUAUCGCUGCUUCCGCUGUCGCUUCUUUGGUUUUGGCUAGAGGUCACAAGGUCGAAAAGAUUCCAGAAAUCCCAUUGGUUGUCUCCAAGGACUUGGAAUCUAUCAAGAAGACCAAGGAAGCUGUUGCUGCUUUGAAGGCUGUCGGUGCUCAAGCCGAUUUGGUCAAGGUCUUGAAAUCCAAGAAAUUGAGAGCCGGUAAAGGUAAGUACAGAAACAGAAGAUGGACUCAAAGAAGAGGUCCAUUGGUCGUUUACGCUGAAGACAACGGUAUCGUUAAGGCUUUCAGAAACGUUCCAGGUGUUGAAACCGCUAACGUUGCUUCUUUGUCUUUGUUGCAAUUGGCUCCAGGUGCUCACUUGGGUAGAUUCGUCAUCUGGACUGAAUCUGCUUUCGCUAAAUUGGACCAAGUCUGGGGUUCUGAAACCGUCGCCUCUUCCAAGGCCGGUUACUCUUUACCACAAAACAUCAUCUCCACUUCUGAUGUUACCAGAAUUAUCAACUCUUCUGAAAUCCAAUCCGCUGUUAGACCAGCUGGUCAACCAUCUCAAAAACGUACUCACGUUAUGAAGAAGAACCCAUUGAAGAACAAACAAGUCUUGUUGAGAUUGAACCCAUACGCUAAGGUUUUCUCCGCUGAAAAGUUGGGUUCCAAGAAGGCUGAAAAGGCUUCCGCUAAGCCAGCUGCUGUCUUCUCUGAAACUUUGAAGCACGACUAA